GGCGGAAGUGAAGCGGAAGCCAUUACUCUCGGGAGGCGACCGUAACACGACACAUGGGCAAAAGAAGAGUCCGCGGUGGCUUCCUUGGACCCGUUGGGGACCCUCCGCUUCCCCGCGGCCGUCGGGACCUUCCGUAUGAACGUCUCCUCUCCUCGGCAGCCGCUUCUGAGACCUCCGCUCCGCCCGAUUGUACCCCCAAAAAUAUGCCUGUUUGGAGAGUCCCAUGAAAACAAGGGAGUAGCUUCCUGGUCCUCCCAGUUCUUUGUUGAGGCAAAUUGACCAUCAUUCUCACAGGAUGGCAGCACUCGGUCUGUCUCCCACAUUUGCUGUGUCUACCCAAGACCCUGCCUGUCUCCAGGAGUCAGAAUUAUCUCUCCCGUCAAAAGACCAUUCCUGUACCCAGACUUUGGAUCUGUUUGCUUGUCAUGUUCUAAAGCCUCAGACACCAACCAUUGUUGGCUCCCAGGAGUCAGUGACUUUCCAGGACAUUGCUGUGGACUUCACUGACAAGGAGUGGCCCUUGCUGGAUUCCUCGCAGAGGAAACUGUACAAGGAUGUGAUGCUGGAGAACUACAGCAACCUGACUUCAUUAGGGUAUCAGGUUGGCAAGCCCAGCCUCAUCUCACACCUGGAACAAGAGGAGGAGCUAAGGACGGAGGAGAGGGGGGUUCACCGAGGCCCCUGUACAGAUUGGGAGACUCCAUCUAAAACGAAGUGGUCGAUUCUUAUGGAAGAUAUUUUUGGGAAGGAAACAUCCAGUGGUGUGACAAUGGACAGAGCUCGUCAUGGCGAGAAACCCACUGAAUACUCCCACUUGUUUGAAGUCUUCAGCAUGGGCACUCACCUUACUCAGCCAAUGGGACGGCACACUGGCAAGAGGCCCUACCACCGCCGAGACUAUGGCGUGGCUUUCAAAAGCAAGCCACAUCUCACUCAGCAUGUGAGCAUGUACGAUGGGCGGAAGAUGCAUGAGUGUCACCAGUGCCAGAAAGCCUUCACCACAAGCGCAUCACUCACACGGCACCGGAGGAUACACACUGGGGAGAAACCCUAUGAAUGCAAUGACUGCGGGAAGGCCUUCAACGACCCCUCAGCCCUCCGGAGUCACGCGAGAACCCACCUCAAAGAGAAGCCGUUUGACUGCAGUCAGUGUGGAAACGCAUUCCGGACCCUCUCUGCCCUGAAGAUCCACAUGAGGGUCCACACUGGCGAGAGACCUUACAAGUGCGAUCAGUGUGGGAAAGCCUACGGUCGGAGCUGCCACCUCAUCGCACACAAGCGAACGCAUACUGGAGAGAGGCCCUACGAAUGUCACGACUGUGGGAAAGCUUUCCAGCACCCCUCACACCUCAAAGAGCAUGUCCGGAAUCACACUGGGGAGAAACCCUACGAAUGCACACAAUGUGGGAAAGCCUUCCGGUGGAAGUCAAACUUUAACUUGCAUAAGAAGAACCAUAUGGUGGAGAAAACCUAUGAAUGUAAAGAAUGUGGGAAAUCCUUUGGUGACCUCUUAUCACGAAGGAAACACAUGAGAAUUCAUAUUGUCAAGAAACCUGUCGAAUGUCGCCAGUGUGGGAAAGCCUUCAGAAACCAGUCCAUCCUUAAGACGCACAUGAAUUCUCACACUGGAGAGAAACCUUAUGGGUGUGAUCUCUGUGGGAAAGCUUUCAGCGCGAGUUCAAACCUAACCGCACACAGGAAAAUACACACUCAAGAGAGACGCUAUGAAUGCGCAGCCUGUGGGAAGGUCUUUGGUGAUUAUCUAUCUCGAAGGAGGCAUAUGAGCAUUCAUCUUGUAAAGAAGCGUGUUGAAUGUAGGCAGUGUGGAAAAGCCUUCAGAAACCAGUCAACCCUGAAGACACACAUGAGAAGUCACACAGGAGAAAAACCAUACGAGUGCGAUCACUGUGGGAAAGCCUUCAGCAUAGGCUCUAACCUUAAUGUGCACAGGAGAAUACACACCGGGGAGAAACCCUAUGAAUGCCUUGCCUGUGGGAAAGCCUUCAGCGAUCACUCAUCCCUUAGGAGUCACAUGAAAACUCACCGGGGAGAGAAGCUCUUUGUGUCAUCAAUAUGGAAAAGGCUCCAGUGAGCUUGCUUUCUUUUAAGAGACAUGUGAGUACUCAGAUAGAAAGAAACUCACAGAUAUAAGGCAGGAAGGAUGCCUUCACAAGCUCUCACCCUACUUGGCACAAAGAAAUGCACAUAACUUGGGAGAAAUCCAAUUUGUAUAGUGAUGAGAAGACUUGAAAUGUUCUCACCAUUCAGGAGCUUUGUGAGAACUCACAUUGGGGGGAAAAUGUACUUUUGUAAUAUGGAGUUGUCCUCAGCAUCUAUGCAACUCUUAACAAAUAUGAGAAUUUAGGGAACAAACCCUAGCUUGAUAUUUAAUGUCAAAAUAAUAUUAGCACCUCCUCUCACUUUCUGGGCAUGAGUAAUAAGUGCACUAAGGAGAAUCCCUGUCAAUGCAGUGACCAGGGAAAAUAUUCUUGGUCUCAUACCCUGUUCCUCAUGAGAGAAAUCACACCGAAGAGAAAAAUCCAUAAAGUGUAAGGACUGUGGAAAGUUUCUAACAGAUCAGCAAACAUUUUUCUUAUGGCUUGCAAAGUAAGAAUAGUUGUUAUGUUUUUAAAGAGGAAGAAUAUAUGACAGAAAUCACAGGUGAUCCAUGAGGCCUGAAGUACUUGUUGCCUGCCUCUUUACAGAAAAAAUGAGAACAACAAUUCUCAACUGGGGUUGAUUUUGCAGCCCAGAGGACAUGUAACAAUAUUUGGUGACAGGUUUGAUUUUCAGGACUGUGGGAAGGUGCUACCAGCAUGUAGUGAGAUGCUGCCAAAUACCCACAAUACACAGGAGACCUCCCACAACAGAUAAUUCCAUGCCCCCAAAAUGCCACUGUUGCUGAGGUUGAGAAGAAUCUCCCUGCUAUCCCUCAAUGGCCUGCUGUAUAAUUUACCCUUAGUUUUUAAUUAAUCUUAUGAGCACCUACAGUAGGAGAAAUCUCUUUUUUAAAUUUAAAAUAUAAUCAGUGCACUUCUUUCAAGAAAUGCAUAAGCACUCCCACAGCUAAUAAUAGCUAGGUGGAAAUGAUUUUGGUCACAGCACUUGUGUAUAUGAGAAGGCUCAUUGGGGAGAAAAGCCCCAGUGAGAGUGUUCCAGUAAAUACGGGGUUGUAUUUAUUAGUUUCUCAUCAUGAAAACAGACCCUGUCUCAAUUUUUAGUCUUUACUUUCAAUGCUCUUCUAAAUAACACUUUAGCCUCAUCACAAAAGGUUGUAUAUAGUAUUUUUACUAUAGCUUCCUUCUUGAUAUGUCUUAACUUCCUUUGGAAAACUUGGCCAAUGGCAUAUUUAGAAUUAUGUUCUGUACUGUGUAACAUGUGGGUAUUCUUUAGUACCUGUUACUGGUAUCUAAUUCAAGUGCAUUGUGCUUGGAGCAUGAUAACUUCAUCAGAUGGAUCUUUUGGUAUGUUUGUGGCCUGCUUUUCAGCCAAGAGUGGCAUAAACUUCUGGUUGCUUCCUCAGUAUCCUCUCUUAUCAUCUUCUAUGUCAAGACAAUCCAGGUUCUACCCCAUUAGGAACAUGUACUAUUUUUAAAACUCUUACAGGUUUUCUUGCAGCUAGUUUAAUUUGUUUCCCAUAAUCCUGGCCAUGGACAUAUAAGCAAAUGUCACUGUGUGGACUUCUAAGAAAGCUCUAGAAAAAGGGUCAUCCUUAUCUGAGUGAUUCUCUGCACAUUUUGUAUUUUGCUCUGCCCCUACUUCUCACCUUCUAAAAAGACCUACUACCUAGUGUUUAAAGAUGCAGCUUGUGACCAUAAGAAUGCAAACCAGAGUCAAGAGAAGGUACUGCAGAGAAGCCCCAUGAUCCUGACCUCCUCUGUGGCUUCUUUGUCCAUACCAACCCUAGAUUUGUUAUUUCUAGGCUUCCUAUUACAUGAGGAAAAAUAAAACUAAUUAUUGGCUUAUGUUGCAAUGGA